AUGGCAAGCAAUGAUAUUGAGAAAUCGAAUCAAGAGAAGGAACCUUCAACUCCUCCUACCUCUUCACAGGAACCUUCUUCCGCUGUGAGUGGUGGCAUGGCUACUCCAGAAUGGUCUGGUUUUCAGGCAUAUUCUCCUAUGCCGCCUCAUGGUUAUGUAGCAUCAAGUCCCCAGCCUCACCCUUACAUGUGGGGGGUUCAGCAUAUGAUGCCUCCUUAUGGAACUCCAACUCAUCCGUAUGUUACAAUGUAUCCCCCAGGUGCCAUGUACGGUCAUCCUUCAAUGCCUCCGGGUUCUUAUCCAUAUAGCCCAUAUGCUAUGCCUUCUCCAAAUGGAACAACCGAAGCUGCUUCUGGGAAUACGACAGGCGGCACUGAGGGUGAUGCUAAACAAUCUGAAGGGAAGGAGAAAUUGCCUAUCAAAAGGUCAAGAGGAAGCUUGGGAAGUCUGAACAUGAUUACAGGAAAAAACCCUGGAGCAUCUGCUAAUGGAGCUUACUCUAAAAGGCAUAGUGCUUCUGAUGGUUCAAGUGAAGGAAGUGAUGCAAACUCUCAGAAUAACUCUGGAUCUGGACACGACGGGAAGGAUGCAUCAGAGAAUGGUGGUUCUGCUAAUGCCGACCACCGAAAUGGAAGUGUUGGUACACCGGUGAGCCAGACAGUGCCAAUCAUGCCAGUAACAGCUGCAGGUGUUCCAUGCCCACCAACAAACUUAAAUAUUGGGAUGGAAUAUUGGGGUGCUCCUCCUACUUCAGCAUCUACACCAGUUCAUGGAGUCGUUGCUCCAGUGGCACGAGAUGGUGGCCAUUCACAAUCCUGGUUACAUGACGAUAGAGAAGUUAAGCGACAGAAGCGGAAGCAAUCCAAUAGGGAGUCUGCUCGAAGAUCCAGGUUACGUAAACAGGCGGAAUGUGAUGAACUGGCGCAACGCGCCGAGGUGUUGAAUGGAGAAAACGCAAGUCUCAGAGCAGAGAUCAACAAGCUGAGAAGCCAGUGCGAAGAGCUCACCUCUGAGAAUACUUCUCUCAAGGACCAACUUUUAUCAUUCCCUACACUUGAAGUAGUCGUUAACAUGAACAAGGAAGAGCAAGAAAAAGACAACAAUCAAACAGGCGUAGCAGAGAAAAAAGGUUGAUGAUUCAUACAAAGACUCAUCGUGAACACAAAAAAAAAAAAAAAACAUACAGCAAAACCAAUUCCUAACACAAUGUUGUAAAAGUAGUUCUUUGCUAACAGAAUGGUUGUAGGAGUUCUUUAGUAUCUUCUUGAAGAUGUUAGAUCAAUAGGAUAAUAACAUAUAAUCAAAUGUAAACAUGUGACUGCUUGAACCUGAAGCCCCCUAACAAGUCUGAACGAUGUCGUUUUUAAGUCAAGUUUCGGUUAUACUUGAACCGCG